GCUCUGGAAGACGUCGAAAAGGUGCGGCCUUUUCUGAACUGCAUCUUCACGAGACAUCCUUGAGCAGAGCACCUUUUACUCUCUCCUCCAGCGGUCCAGCCUAUCCCCGCGGUCUGGGGUCAACAACAGUACACCGUACCAGAGCUUCUCAAGGGUGCCAGAGACGGAGAGGAGAGGAGGACUCGAGGAGGAACAAGGAGAGCUAGCCGCUAGCGUCCCCUUCUUCCCGCUGCGCCUGCGCGUGCCUGCCUUUAUUCGCUUUCGUGCCGUUUUGCAUCCUCCCAGAAGCUCGCAUCGGAUAGCAGCUGGGUCCGUGCCACGCGCGCAUGCUUUGUGGAUAGGGUAGCGAACCCGGCCGGCCCCCAGUACGUACGCUGGAUUAUUGCGUAGGCAUCUAUCCGGGCGUUGCUUGCAUGGUCGUAGGAGUUUGGGAUCUUGUUUAGCUUGAUGCUUUGAUUUAAUUCCUUGUGACCUGUAAUUAAGCAUAUCGUGAGAGUGGUGGUGGACGGACGCGGCGGCGCGGUGAGCAAUGCCCGUGGAGGUGGCGCGGGCGUCGUCCGGCGUGUCGCAACGUCGUCGAUCGCGUUGGUAGCGCAGUAGUGCCGUAGUGGUACCGACGCCGGCCAAACAUGCCGUGUGCGACGUCGUGCUCCUGCUGCGAAUCUUGAUCCUGGCGCCCCACAUGCUCUCCUGCUUCCGGCUGCCGCGGCCGGUCGGCGGCGGCGGCGGGGACGCGGACCAGCAGGCCGCGGCGGUGUCUCCCCGGCGGGGGCCGUCGCUGCCGUUCGCGGCGAGCCUGUUCGCUGCGUCCCCGUCGACGUCGACGUCGGGGCGCGGGAGGAGCGCGUGGCCGCCGGAGGCGGACGGCAUGGAGAAGAAGCGGUGGGACAGCAUGGAGUCGUGGUCCAUGCUGCUGGACACGGUGAUGGGGUCCGGCGGCGAGGGGUCGUCCCGGGACAGCGGGCGGCGGGAGGAGUGGAUGGCCGACCUGUCGCAGCUCUUCAUCGGCAACAAGUUCGCGUCGGGCGCCAACAGCCGCAUCUACCGCGGCAUCUACAAGCAGCGCGCCGUGGCCGUGAAGAUGGUGCGCAUCCCGGAGCGCGACGAGGCCCGGCGCGCCGAGCUCGAGGAGCAGUUCAACUCCGAGGUCGCCUUCCUCUCCCGCCUCUACCACCCCAACAUUGUGCAGUUCAUCGCGGCGUGCAAGAAGCCGCCGGUGUACUGCAUCAUCACGGAGUACAUGUCCCAGGGGACGCUGCGGAUGUACCUGAACAAGAAGGACCCCUACUCGCUGUCGGCGGAGACGAUCCUGAAGCUGGCGCUGGACAUCUCGCGCGGCAUGGAGUACCUGCACGCGCAGGGCGUGAUCCACCGGGACCUCAAGUCCCAGAACCUGCUGCUCAACGACGAGAUGCGCGUCAAGGUGGCCGACUUCGGCACCUCCUGCCUGGAGACCAAGUGCCAGGCCACCAAGGGCAACAAGGGCACCUACCGGUGGAUGGCGCCGGAGAUGACCAAGGAGAAGCCCUACACGCGCAAGGUGGACGUGUACAGCUUCGGCAUCGUGCUCUGGGAGCUCACCACCUGCCUCCUCCCGUUCCAGGGCAUGACGCCGGUGCAGGCCGCGUACGCCGCGUCGGAGAAGAACCUGCGCCCGCCGCUGUCGAGCUCGUGCCCGCCGGUGCUCAACAACCUGAUCAAGAAGUGCUGGUCGGCGAACCCGGCGCGGCGGCCGGAGUUCAGCUACAUUGUGUCGGUGCUGGAGAAGUACGACCACUGCGUGAAGGAGGGGAUGCCGGUGACGGCGCACCAGGAGCUCAGGCUCUGGCGCUCCUUCGCCAAGAUCUUCAGGACGGGCUGCAUCACCAACAACCUGUCCAUACCGGUGCAUGCGUGAUCCAUCUCCAUCCUUCUUCCUUCCGUAACUGAAGUGCUGCUGCUGCUGCUGUUUGCCUAGGAACUACUGCUCUGCUACUAAGUAGUAGUGUGUGUGUGUGUGUCAAACAAAUGGCAUAAAAAGACGUUGUCGGCCGGGAACUAAAUGUAAUGUAACUCGAUCAAAUUUGUAAAUUAUAAACCACUCUGAUCUGAUCAUUUAAAUCCAAAAGAAUCGACGCAUCGGGAUUCGGAACA